ACGAUAAUACCGGGACAUCGAUAGAAAAUUUAGAACCAUGCAUCCUUUGAGAAUUGUUUGUGUGGCUGCUCUAUUAGUAGCUGUGGCUACAGCUCAUGAGCAUCAUCAUCACUUAUCGAAUAUGGUCAAUAAAUUGAGACCCUCUCAAUGGCUGUCCUCAUCGGAAUUGCAACAAACUCCCUCGGUUGAUGAAAUUACUCUGCAGAAAUUGGAAAAUAUGUCGGUGGAAAAGGGAGCACAAUUAAUAGAAAAAAUUUAUCACUUGUCUCAAAUAAAUCACGACUUGAGUCCCAACUUUGUGCCCAGUCCCAGUAAUGUUCCCUGCUAUGUUGUUAAACCCAAUGGUCAGAAAGUAGCCACUUCUUUGAACAAAUUGGCUUCAACCUGCAAACAACAACCCAAUUUUGGUAAUGAGGAAGUCACCAUUCUCAUCACUGGUUUACCCGCCACCACUGAAACUGUCAAGAAGGCCAACCGUCAACUGAUCAAUGCUUACCUUCAACGUUACAACAACAAGAAACAACAACCCCAAAAAUUCGAUUAUUCUGGUGAGAAAAUGUCACGCACUUCCAGCGAAGAAGACUCCAGCGAAUGGCAAAAACAACAAGCCUCAUCUGGCAAUCUUGUGAUCAUUGACUUGGGCUCUAAGUUGAACGAUUUCAAACGUUUUGCCAUGUUGGAUGUUGAACAAACCGGCGCCAUGGUUGCUUCUGCUAUAGUUGAGAUGACCGAGAAAUGCGAUGUUGCCGAUGAAACCAUCCAUGUUGUUGCUCAAGGUAUUGCCGCUCAUGUUGCUGGUGCCGCUGGCAAUGAUUACACCCGUCAAACUGGUCGUCAAUUGAGACGUAUCACUGCCUUGGAUCCUUCAAAAAUUUUGGCUAAGAAUCCUCACACUUUGACUGGUUUGUCUCGUGGUGAUGCCGAAUUUGUUGAUGCCAUCCACACCAAUGCCUACGGUAUGGGUACCAUUCAACGUGUUGGUGAUAUUGAUUUCUAUCCUAAUGGUCCUUCUGCUUCGGUACCUGGUGCACAAAGUAUUGUGGAGGCUAGUAUGCGUGCCACCCGUUACUUCGCUGAAUCUGUCCGUCCCGGCAAUGAACGUAACUUCCCAGCUGUUCCCGCCAACUCAUUGAAAGAGUACAAGAAUAACGAUGGCUUUGGCAAACGUGCUUUUAUGGGUAUUGAUGCUGAUUACGAUUUGGAGGGCGAUUACAUUUUGGAAGUCAAUGCUAAGAGUCCAUUCGGUAAGAGAACUCCUGCCCAAAAACAAAACAGCUACCAUGGUGUUCACAAGGCCUGGAAAAACUUCCGUGAUAGCGAAUAA